AUGGCCCUGCGAGGGCUGGCUCUGGCCUUUCUCCUGGUCCUUGCCCCUCUGCUGCUUGCACGGGGACAGACGGACCCAGGUCCCAAGAGGCAGGGGGGAGCCAAGGAAGCAGAAACGUGCCAAAGGCCCCGGUGGGACUCAAGACUCUGGCUGGCACCAGACCAGGAGAAUUACAAGAAGAACGAAGAAGUGAUGCUGAGCUGCCCUGAGGGUUUCCAGCCGUCCUUCACCAAAAUCAAAUGUUCGAGUGAAGUCCAGCCCAUCAGUCAUGGGAAACCUGUAUACAGAGAAGUUUGGCAUGGAAGGGACAGCAGAGGUGGCUGGAUCCGCAUUCGGUCCAACGUGGAGUGCGUUGAUAUCCUCCAGGUUGUCUCCGAGACCUUGGAGAUUUCCAGCACCAGCAUCAAACUGAACUGGACCUGCAGGCUCCCUGAAGUCUGCCAACACAUUUGGGCCAGGUGCCGGCUGGAAGAGCAUUCCUCCCCUCCCUGUGAGGCUGAGGAGGUGAAGGGAGAGGAGAGACUACAUGGCCGGAAGGGAACAUUCACCUGUCCCCCUCUGCAGCCCUUCACUGUCUACAGUGUCACCAUCUCCCUGCCGCCCAGCACGAUCCUGUACACACGGCUCCUCAGGACAAAGGAAACGGUGCCGGACAAACCAGAGAAGCUGUGGCUGGAUCCCAGCACGGGGUCCCUCCGGUGGAAGGCGCUGCCCUCCUGCAAAGGGGAGAUUAUCGGAUACCAGCUGAACAUCACGGCCAGGAGAGCGCAUGAUGGCAGCUUCCUUGAAUUCAAGCAGGUAUUGGUGAACCAGUCUGUCACUCAGUACAUGCCAUCUCAUCAGAUGCCUGGAAGCAAAUACACGGUGACAGUGCAGGGCCUCACGGCGGCUGGUGCUGGGGCUGCGUCACUGCUGGAAUUUCGAAGCUACGUCUCGGGACAGCCUCUGGGCCCGUGGCCUGGGUUGGCAGUCAUGGUGGUGCUUGUGGUGCUGGUGGUGCUGGUCCUCCUGUCUGCAGGGAUCCUGUGCUUUGUGCUGUCCAGGAGAAGGAAGGCCUUACCCAGCAAAGCCAAGGAGGACCAUUACACAGAGCUCCAGCCCUAUGAGAACUCGGAUAAUUACUGCGUGAUCAAGGAGACUUUUCUGGCAGAUGAGGCUGCAGCUCCAGCAUCCUCUGUCACAGAGCAGGAGCAGCCCAAGGCCUGGGACGACCUGCUGGACGUGUUCUGGUAG